CCUUAACCCAUUCCAUUCUCUUUGCUUAGACAAUAAAAUCACAAUGCAAGAAUCUGUGCGGGAUCAGCAGCAGCGUCAACAACAACAGCAACAAGAAGCACGCCAAGCCAUGGAUAUCCUGACCGAAAUGUCAACUCUUCUCAAUACGGGGCUUGACCGAGAAACGUUGUCUGUUUGUGUCUCAUUAUGUGAAUCUGGCGUCAACCCAGAGGCAUUGGCGGCUGUCAUCAAGGAACUUCGACGAGAGGCUGCUUCCGCAAAAACCGCUUCAUGAGACCAAUUAUCAAAGAUUUCUCAGAGGCCUGGGUCUGCUGUUUCCAACCAUUUGCCUGUACUACUAGGACUUGUUUGAAAAAGAUUUAUUAUUUUUUAUGAACAAUUAUCAAACCAAGCUGAAUUCUCUGUUUUAAAGGAUAGAAUGCUGAGUGAAUUAAAGUUUUUCUCCAUCAGUGAGGUAGUAGAAUAAAGUUUUUCAAACACUGCCCAUCUUGCUCUAGACAAUCUUGGGUUCAGCAAGGUUGGGGCCAUUG